GUUUUGCCACAAAUUGUUUGCAAAAAUUGAAACAAAUUUCUUCAAAACUAAUUAUUGUCUUCAUUUGAGACCAAAUUCAGAUGACAUCCAUAUUGUGUCCGCUUUGAAGACAAUCGGCUGAUAAUGUCGUUCACUCGGACUCUCCUCGAGAGCGGCAAAACUGUGGCCAAGACUACGAUUAAGCCAUCGGCGGUGCAAUUGGUGCCCAAACGACUGCCACCACUGCCCACACCUAAAGACUUGAUCCGUAUCUACAAAGUGAGGGCCAGAAGACAAUUGUCUCAAAACUUUUUGCUCCACAAAGACAUCAACGAAAGGAUUGUCGUCUCCGCCGGCAUAAGAGGAGAGAGUCAUGUGCUAGAAGUAGGUCCGGGUCCGGGAAACAUCACCCGACAGAUCCUCGAAAAGGGUCCCAAAGAGCUGUAUGUCAUCGAAAAGGAUCGCCGAUUCCUACCGAUGCUCGAGAUGUUGGCCGACGCCUCACUUCCCGGUCAAAUGAAGAUCAUUAUCGGCGAUGUUAUGGACUAUAGUUUUGAGGGUCUGUUCCCCGACGAGACCCGCCGCGAGUGGACGGACACGAGUCCUCCCAUACGAAUUGUGGGUAAUUUGCCGUUCAAUGUGUCGACGCCUUUGAUUAUCCGUUGGUUACGUGAUAUGUCCGCCCGAAAGGGUCUGUUCUCGUACGGG